AUGUGGCGAAGCGGGCCCCCUGACCUGCAGUCUGCCUUCUGCUCCCACUCUCCUCUCUAACUGCUGUCACUUUACUUACUUCGGACCUCCCAAAUCCAGUGGUUGAUUUUAAGUUGUCUUACUUGAAACAUCUAGUAUUUGACACUAUUUACACAAAUGAGACUUCUUCCUUUGGAUUCUGAGACACCGUUUCUGGGUAUGUUAGUUCUUUCAGUAUUCCUCACACCUUCCUGCACUGUCUGUGGUGCUGGGGUUGAACAGAAUUUCACUUUUGGCCCUCUUCUCUUAGCUGUUCUCACAACUGCAGGUCCCACCGCCACUCUGGUUCACAUCUCUCUCCUGAACUCUGUCCAGAUCAACAUGUUAAACUCCUGAGUGGAUAUUGCCACGGGCUUAUCUUGAGUUCAGCCGCCAGCCACUGCUAAACUGGACCCUUCUGCCUGCUUUCCUUUCAGUUUUUGGCAUUCCUAUUUACUCAAACUAAAACAGCAAUGAAUCAUCUAUUUCUCCUUCAGUCACAUCCUCCACAUCCGUUCUCUAAAAUGGAACAAGUCUUUUGCCAAAAUGAACCUUUCCUCCAUCCCUGUGCCACUCCAUUAGGUCAGAAUCUCAUCUGCCUGGACUAUUGCAGUUAACUCCUAACUGGUCUCCCGCAUUCGCUCUUCUCUCCAAACCUUCCAGCUUUUAUCAGAGUGAUGUUUUUAAACCAAAAUUUGAUUAUGUUACUCAUCCCUCUCCUAUCACUCCCCUAUUUUCCAACCCCUAACACCUACUGCUUAGGAUUCCUCAUGGUAAUCAAGAUCCUUCAUAAUCUGGCUCUUGUCUGCCUUGCCAGGACUCCCCAUUUCAAUCGCUGGAUCAUCGUAGAGGCCAACACAUAUGAAAAGUACUGGCCAUUUUACCAGAAGCGUGGAGGCAACUAUUUUCCCAAAGAUCACUUGAAAAAGGCUGUCGCUGAAAUUGAAGAAAUGUGCAAUAUUUUAAAAAUGGAGGGAGUGACAGUGAGGAGGCCUGACCCCAUUGACUGGUCCGUGAAGUAUAAAACUCCUGAUUUUGAGUCUACGGGUUUAUAUGGUGCGAUGCCUCGAGACAUCCUGAUAGUUGUGGGCAAUGAGAUCAUCGAGGCUCCCAUGGCAUGGCGUGCUCGCUUCUUUGAGUACCGCGCAUACCGAUCAAUUAUCAAAGACUACUUCCACCGUGGUGCCAAGUGGACAACGGCUCCUAAGCCCACAAUGGCUGAUGAGCUUUAUGACCAGGAUUACCCCAUCCGUUCUGUAGAAGACAGACACAAAUUGGCUGCUCAGGGAAAAUUUGUGACGACUGAGUUUGAGCCAUGCUUUGAUGCUGCUGACUUCAUUCGAGCUGGAAGAGAUAUUUUUGCACAAAGAAGCCAGGUUACAAACUACCUGGGCAUUGAAUGGAUGCGUAGGCAUCUUGCUCCAGACUACAAAGUGCACAUCAUCUCCUUUAAAGAUCCCAAUCCAAUGCAUAUUGAUGCCACCUUCAAUAUCAUUGGACCUGGUCUUGUGCUUUCCAACCCUGAUCGACCAUGUCACCAGAUUGAUCUUUUCAAGAAAGCAGGAUGGACCAUAGUGACUCCUCCAAUACCCGUCAUCCCAGAUGAUCACCCGCUCUGGAUGUCAUCCAAAUGGCUUUCCAUGAAUGUCUUAAUGCUAGAUGAAAAGCGUGUUAUGGUGGAUGCCAAUGAAGUCCCGAUUCAAAAGAUGUUUGAAAAGCUGGGUAUCAGUACCAUUAAGGUUAACAUUCGGAACGCCAAUUCCCUGGGAGGAGGCUUCCACUGCUGGACUUGCGAUGUCCGGCGCCGAGGCACCCUGCAGUCCUACUUUGACUGAUCAGGCCUGGUGGGGCUUGUGGCUUGGCCUCAAAUAAACCUAGGAAGCUUAGGGAUAAGGUUCACUCUCUCGCUUUAAAAACUGCAUGAACUGUAGUGCUUUAAACAAUCAUAUCCUUAACAGGGGUCUUAAGCCUGGUUUAUUUUUAUUACUUUUCUUCGAUAUAAGGAAAAUAACUCGUGCUAGGUCUUGCUCUCCACUCCUAAAUUUACUAUUUGGCUUGAAGCGUAAAAAUUUGGUGAAUGUGUUCCAAGACAAAAAUUAGUCAUUUGAGUAACUUGGCCACUAAUAUUUAACCAUCUACCUCUGUUUUUAAUUUUCUUUCCAAAAGGCAGCUUGAAAUGUUGGUCCUAAUCUUCAUUAUUUUUUUCCUUUUUGCUAGACUUUUGAAUGUUUGUAUCACUUCUUUUCUCUAAAUGAGAGAAAGAAUGUACACAGAUCUUAAGUAGAACUAGAUAAUUCUCUCUUUUUCUACUAAGGAUUUUGAUAACUUUUAAUUUUUUGUUUUUAAAAAAAUAACAGACUAUGCAAACAUUUAAGUGAAUUUUCCAUAAAUGUUUUUAAUAUUCUCAUCUCAGCAUUGGUGAUAUUUGCUACUAAAACCUUUUCAUACAACUUACCUCAUUUCAAGUGAUUUAUUUGAAUAUCUUUUUCUUCUCUGUCCAAAACUUUACAGAAAUAUUUAGUGCAAUAGGAUAUAACUAUCAGUUCCUAUCCUUAAAUUUUGAUGUUCAAUAUCUAAUGGGUACGUUGUAUCUUUGGUAAACUAAGAUUUGUUUACAGAUGUGCAAAUUAUUUAAAAUGCAGACUUUAAAAACAUUAAAAAAACUAAUGGAGGUAAAACCUACAUGCGAUGUGAAAUAAUUUUAAUGUUGAAUAUUGCACAUGGAUUUUUACUCUAAUAAACUUUUGUGUUACAGAAUGGCUUUUAUCAGA